UUGCAGAAAGAAUGAUCAUCAAACAUUCACAAUGAUACAAGCCCUAACUAACAUAUGAUCUACUUGUCCUCUUCCAUUUUUCUUUUGGGGAUCAACAGAAGAAAAGCUGGCGUUUUGAUCUUUGGAAAAUAAUGUUCCCUUUACAACAAAGCGAUGAGCUGGUGUUCCAGAUCUUCUCCACUACCAACCCACACAAAAUCCCACAAGAUCUGAUCACGGGCCAUACAGCAGUGGAAACCAACCCUAUAAUUUCAAAUAGCAUGGGGAAAAGCCGGCGGAGGAAAGCCUGUCGCAUGGAGGCUAGAGGCGGCGGCGGCGGCGGUGGUGAAGGGUUAGCCGCUUGUGAUAAAUAUAAGAAACAAAAGUUGCAUAGGGAGAUUGAACGACAAAGGAGACAGGAUAUGGCUUCCCUGUAUGCUUCACUUCGAUACCUUCUCCCCGGUGAAUAUAUCAAGGGAAAGCGGUCGAUUUCGGAUCACAUGAACGAGGCGGUGAAUUACAUAAAACACUUGGAGAAGAAGGUCAAGGAGCUUGAUUCCAAGAGACGUCAACUAAAGAGAGUGUCGAAUCCGGCAAGUGUUGGCUCGGGAACAACCAAAACCACUUCAGACCACCGCUUCAUAAUCCGACCAUGCUUCACAGGCAUUGAGAUUAUGUUUCGUUGUGCUGUUGGAGACCAAGAUUUGCCCCUGUCAAGAGUGUUGUCUGUGCUUGUCGAUGAAGGACUGCCUGUUUUCAGCUGUGUUUCCACAAAAUCAGAAGAAUAUUUACUUCAUACCAUCCAAACCCAGGUCACUGCUCCAACAAGCAUCGACAUAUCCAGGCUACAACAAGAACUACCAAAGCUGGUGAAGUAACAAAACUAGCUUUGUAUUUUAGGUUUGAUAGGGUUUGGUUGAUCUUUCACCACUGGCAUAUAUUGACAUCAUCUGACUUCUAAUUUGAGGAAAUCAACUUGUUUUCGUGCUUUUGAUCUGU